GGUACAAAACGAGUGAACGCAAGAGUUCCAUGGACGAGGGAAGUGAAUAAGCUUGUGAUGGAAUGCUACUUGAGAAAUGAACCGUCUAGAAGAGGGUACAGGAAGCGCAUGUUAAAUAUCAGGAGAAAUGAUAUUGGUGUAUUUGAGUGUAGUGAGCAAAGGCUUGCCGAUCAGGUGAGGGCAAUUAAAGUUAACAACUGGCUUGACCUAGAAAUGGAAGAACUAAGGAGGAAAAUUGAUCGAUGUGGUGCAUCAAAUGAGCAAAUGACAGACGUUACUCGAGAGAAUCAUGCAGACAUUACAGAUCACUACAGCUCUUUACAACCUGAGUCUGAAGAUGCUCAACCGAGUGAGAAUGAAAACGGGACUGACGAAUCUAUCAGAUCAAAAAUGCAUAUGAAUGGACUGGACGAGUACAUCAAUCUGGCACCUGAAAUACUGGAAUAAUUUGAACAGGGGAGUAAUACAAAACCAUACAACUUGCGUAGACUACACCGACGAAAAGUGAAGCAGAAAGUUCAGGAGGUAGAUAAGGUUUUGAGUUUUAAAACAACAAAGGACAUUACUGAAACAAGCAAUCUGAUAAGGGCAGCUGCGUUUGUUGCUGGGAGAUCGUUGGGCGUAAAGGAAGGAAGAACAAAGGGCGCACGGAGAGAACGACCAUGGAAACAAAGGGUAAAGAAACAAAUUGAUGAACUCAGAAAAGACAUUAGU